AACACCAAUCAGUUUUGAGAUUCUUAUCAAGUGGUUUGUUGGUGUUGUUCCCUUAGUCACCACGUAAACAUAAUUCGCACUCCAUUUUUGCAAUGUUUCCUUUCUUUGAAAUAUUGUGUGAGCAAAUGCAAUCUUACAAUACUAACUAUACGACUAGUUUACUGACACCGUAAUACGUGAUUAUAUAGGGAAAGUUGGUGAAAUAAAAUAGUGUUAAAGAUUUAAGAAAUGUGUCGUGUAAUUAUCAGAUAAUUAUUAUAAACACUGCCAACUGAUUUUCUUAAAUAAUUAUUUUUAAAAUAAUGGUUUCGUUAUGGGUUGGUUCAGAAACUGAUUUACCAACUCUUCAUCAAUGCAGGAUGGCUGAUAGGUUAGAAUUUCGUUUAACGUGUUUACACAAUGUAAAGUCUAAAGAUCACGAUAAUGAUUUGGAUUUAGUUGAAAGUAAAUCAUUGGAAGAUGCUAGUGAAAUUCAUAGAAGGCAAAGUAGAUCUGGCACUUGGCCGAGGACUCGAUCUUUGAACGCACCGUCUCCAGUUCAACAGUUCGGACCAUGUGGACGUAUAAUGAAAAAUUCAUCGAUGGUCAUGACCAUUCAAGACCCUGCUAGUCAAAGACUGACGUGGUACAAACCACCAUUAACAGUACUUGUGAUAAAAAAAGUACGAGACGCUAGUGUGUACUCACCUUUUAUACAGCUUGUACAAUGGCUGAUAGAGGAAAAACGUAUGGUUGUGUUCGUGGAAGCGUCCGUAAUGGACGACAAUCAUCUAGAUCAUUACAAAUCUUUCGCGAAAAUCAAAGAAAAACUGAUGACGUUCAGAGACGGCAAAGACGAUUUAACGGAUAAAAUAGAUUUUAUAAUUUGCCUUGGAGGUGAUGGGACUCUAUUAUACGCCAGUCAGUUGUUCCAGCAAUCGGUGCCGCCGGUAAUGGCUUUCCAUCUUGGCUCUCUAGGUUUUUUAACUCCAUUCCAAUUUGAAAAUUUUCAAGAACAAGUUAAUAACGUUCUCGAAGGACACGCAGCUUUGACUCUAAGAAGUCGUCUGAGAUGUAUAAUAAUGAAGAAAGGCGACACACAAAAUAAAUCUGGCGAUAAAGCGAAUCAAGUUCCUACAAACGUUCUUGUAUUGAAUGAAGUAGUUAUAGAUAGGGGACCCUCACCUUACCUGUCUAACAUAGAUUUAUAUUUGGACGGUAAACACAUAACGUCAGUACAGGGUGAUGGUUUGAUAGUGAGUACACCAACUGGUAGUACUGCCUACGCUGUAGCCGCAGGUGCUUCGAUGAUACAUCCCAGCGUACCAGCAAUUAUGGUUACACCAAUUUGCCCUCAUUCGUUGAGUUUUCGACCAAUCGUAGUCCCCGCAGGAGUAGAACUCAAAAUAUCGGUAUCGCCGGACAGUCGUAAUACCUCGUGGGUCUCGUUCGACGGAAGAAAUAGACAAGAACUCGUUCACGGAGAUAGCUUGCGAAUAACUACUUCCAUCUAUCCGGUGCCUAGUAUAUGUGCACAAGACCAGAUCACCGAUUGGUUCGAUUCGUUAGCCGAAUGUCUACAUUGGAACGUUCGGAAAAGGCAAAAACAUUUGGACGAACUCACCGAUUUGACGCAUUCUAGUUCUAAUGACACAUUAGACUCUUUAGGAAAAGAAGAUAUCGAAAAGGAAAACAAUUCGUAGUUAUUAUUAAGCGUACAACAAUAAAAAAACUGUACGCAUGUAUCAUUUCAAUGUUAACAUCUUUGUUUUAUAUAUUUAUUUUGGACAAAUAUAUCCAAUUGCAACAAGUUGUCUGUUCGUUGCAAUAAUUUUCAAUUUACGUGUCUAUUUCAAUUUUAUUUAGCGGUAUUUUUAUAUUCUGAUUGUUGUUUGGUGAAAAUCAUUUUGUUUUUAUUGUAUAAAUUGUUUAUCGAAUAUUCGCAGUACUUAUUAUCCAAUUUUAAAAAUAAAACACCUGUUGGUACCUUGUUAUUGUUUUUUAAAAUUUCUGUUGACUUUUUUUCUGUAUGGUAACUGUUAUUAAAUUUUUUAUUAUAAACAAUUGAUAUAUAUGACAACGCGGUGCUACACCCCAGUGAGGAACUUGGCCUCUUCAACAAUGGACCUCCUCUGCGUUUAUGCAUAAAUAAAACUUUGUUUUAUUCUUGUCCAAACCACAAUAGAGAUAUUAUAUGCUAGUAUGUCGACUAUCAUUGUAAAACAUCAUUAAUUACCUUAUCACGUCGCACUACAACCCUCUGUAAACCUUGGCCUAACUACCACAGCAUUCUGUUUGAGGCCUACAACCCUGUGUGAGCCUUGGUCUCCUCACCAUAGCAUUAUGUCUCCUGACUUGGGGCCUACAACCCUGUUCAAACCUUAGUGUUCCCACCAUAGCAUUCUGUCCUCCGACUUGAUACCUACAACCCUGUGUAAGCCUUGGCCUCUUCACCAUAGCAUUCUGCUUCGGGCCUACAACCCUGUGUAAGCCUUGGUGAACUUACCUUAGUAUUUUGUCCCCUGUUUUGAGGCCUACAACCCUGUGUGAGCCUUGGCCUCAUCACCAUAGGAUUAUGUCUCUUAUUCAGGGGCGUACAACCCUGCGUAAGGCCCUACUAUUAUGUAGAUCUUAUACUUUGAAGAUCAUCCAUGAUAUUAAUCAACCAUCUCUCUUGUAUUAUACACUUUAACAAUCAGAACUGUAUUGACUUUUGGAAGUCUUCUCCAUACGUUUAGUAUGUCAAAACCAUUGGAUUAUUAUUAACGAACAAUGCCUUAGUUUUGUUGGAUAUCACUUAUUUCAAACUUAUAUCUAAUUCUCCAUUUAUUUUCAACUUUCACAUCUCCAUGUAUUUUCUUGAUGAAUUUUCUUUGGAAUCUUCUCGAUAUUGAAUUCAAUUCAAUACUACAAUUGUUCAAAUACAUAUGAAAAUUAGUUUUUUUUUGGUCUUAACAUGAAAGAUUACCUCUGCAGCAACACUCACUAUUACAAUAUCGAUUAGCGUUUCGAUAACCAAGGUAUCAUCUUCAGAGAUUAAAAGUAAAGUUAAUAACUUGGUCAGUUAGACAUGUGAGUGUUGGGGUAGUGGUUGUGAUCAAUAUGUUGAGUUCACAAUAUCAUCAAUGGUUCCUUAAAUUCCAACCUAGUAGCAAAAAAGAUUCAAUACAUUUCUUAGUCUUUAGAUUCACCUUCAAAUUCUGAAACAUUUGAAUGCAACUUAGUUUUGAAACAGAGUUAAUAUAUUUAGCAAGUAGUUUUUUGUGAUUUAUGGCCUUACUCCUUAGUACGUUUUUGUGAAAGUUCCUAUGACAUUCCAAAUUUUAUUAGAUUAUUAAUUUACAAACGUUUAUAGCUCUACAUUUGAAAGCCACAUUUAGUUGAAGAUAAAUUUUAAGAAUAAUUAUAUAAGUACAGCUAAUUAUUGUAAAAUUUAAUAACAGUUACUAAUAUUUCAUAUUACACAUUAGUGUUUGAAUCAUAAUGUUAUGUCAUUUGAUUAAAUUAUAAAAAUACAAUUUUUUUUAAAUAUAUUUAAAAAUUCACGCCAAUAGAAAACUUUUUAAUUUGUUCUGACGAUAUUAGACUUUAUAUUUUUAUACGAACGGUUUAGGUAUAAAUAAAUAAUAACUUAUGGGAAUAUAGUAUUGAUGGAAAA